CAUAUAAAAGUUCUCACCUUUUUCGACGCAAUGCUCUGGAUUUCUGAAGAGAUCCUGCAAUGCGAUCCCCAAAAUCGAUUCUUUUCUUUGGUUUUUUCACUGUUUAUGGUUGAUUCUUCAUUCCUAUUCUUCUUAUUGAUCUCGAUGAGGUGUUCGUCCUGAUUUAGGGUUUUUCUUGGUUAUAAUUUUUUAUGAUGCUAAUUGCAAAUGCGACCUUUUUUUUUUCUCCCAUAUUUGAAGCAUAAUUCCGUUGAUUGACGGCAUUGUUGAUCGAUUGGGAGCGAUUUUUCAUUAUGAGAAAUAUCUAUGAAAAAUGCCUGGGUUUUAUGGAGAACUUUAGGGUUUUUGUCCGAACAACUGUUAAUUUUGAUUGAGUUUGUGGAAAAAAAACUGAUGGGAUUUUGUUAAAGAUGUGAAAUUUUGAUCCGUUAAGGACGAUUUGCUCGUUGAUGGUUGAGUGGAUAUGGAAAACGGCGGAGAAACUGGAGAUGAUCAGGGUUCGGGUUGGUUUGAAGUGAAAAAGAAGAACAGAACCAGUUCAAAGUUAGCCACCCAGAAGGUUUCUGGGGGAUCUUCUUCCAAGGCUAACACUUAUUUCGCGCGCAAUCAAGUUUCUGAUAAUGAUGAAGCCGGGAAGUUCCAUGGCAGAAAGCCAGCACAACCUUUUAAAUCAGGGUUUGUCUCCGCUGACGGUCCUGGCUUGCCCUUGGUAAAAGAUGAUGAAAGUGGAAAAUCAGUUGAUAAGGUGGCUGCCAACCAGGAGAAUGAACCUCCCAGGAAGGAUGCUUCUAUGACUAUGAAGGUUACGAAUUUAGAAGGUGGUGUCAAGGAUUUCCAGGGAGUUUCUAUAAAGAAGAGUGCAGAUGAUGUUGCUGUUCCCAAAAUAAAGUGGGGCAAUCUCGAGGAUGAAUGUUUAUUAGUGCCUGGAAAUUCUGUGGUUUCAAGUAUGUCUGUGAAACCUAAGCACAAUGAUGUAGAUGUUAAUUUACAAGUUUCACCCUCAACUCCACUUGUAGUGGAUGAAACAAUAAAUGGAUAUCAAAUUACAGAGCAGUUUCCCAGUGGAGUAGAGUCAUCAGUUGGUGAGACUUCUAUGGAAGAUGUGGAGUUAUUGAAUUCCAAUUCAGAAGGUGUUCUUAAAAACGUGACAAACCCUGGUGAAUCUGACCCAAUUGUUCUAGUUGAAGCUAUUGGUAAUCGUCUCUCCAAAAUUGACGAAGAAGCUGAAAGUAUGGCAGUUGAAAGGACUCAUAAUGCAUCCAUGAUUGGAUCUUCAGAUAUUACCAAAGAGUUUAAUGUUCCUGAAAAUGUUGGGAGUCAAGCUGAUCCCGAAAGGAGCACUUUGCUUGAGCACCAAAAGAAUAGUUUUGAAGAUUCUGUUAGUGCUUCAGGUGGAGCUGCCGUCAAAGAGGGAAAUGUUUUGCAGAAUAGUUCAGUAGAUGGGACUGAACUCGGAGAAAAUGAGUCUGCAGAAAGUAAAGAAAGGUUCAGACAAAGACUCUGGUGUUUCCUUUUUGAAAAUCUGAAUAGGGCAGUUGAUGAACUCUACCUUCUAUGUGAGCUGGAAUGUGAUGUGGAACAGAUGGAUGAGGCUAUUCUUGUUCUGGAAGAAGCUGCAUCUGAUUUCAGGGAGCUAAAGUCUAGAGUGGAACAUUUUGAUAGUAUAAAAAGGUCCCCUUCUCAAUCACCAAAAACUGGUACAUCCCUUAGCUCAAAGACUGACCAUCGCCGGCCCCAUGCCCUCUCAUGGGAGGUUCGCAGAAUGACAAAUUCUCCUCACAGGGCAGAAAUACUAUCUUCUUCACUGGAAGCCUUCAAGAAAAUUCAAAUGGAAAGAGCCGGGAUGCUGGCUAGAGAUGAUGUGAAGGCAAGUUCUGCUCAUACAUCUAGUCUUGAAAUCCCUAUAGGACCUUACAGGACUUCACCAAAAGCAAGUGAUGAAGUGGCCACUGAACAUCAGAUGCAAUCAGAAAAGCAAGCUGGAGUUUUGGAUUCUGAUCAAGGAUUAAUUAUUACAAAGAAGCAGAAUGUAUAUAUGUCCAAUCAAAGCAGAGCAAAUACAGCAGUAAAGGAAUGCAUGACUCCAGAAAGCCUUUUGGCUUCUGUUUCUGGUAAGUCUAAAAGAGAACCUUUGGAGCCAAUUUCUGAAACUCAGAAAGAGUUGUAUAAGAGAGAUAAGCUGCCAGUUGAAAAUAGGUUACACAAACAAUCAAAGACCACAGAUGUGGUGAAAAGGCCAAGUUCUCUUACUGAUAAGGAGAAGGAAAAGGAGAAGGAGAAGCGAAAUUCAGCCCCAUGGAAGUCCAUGGAUGCUUGGAAGGAGAAAAGGAAUUGGGAGGACAUACUUAAAUCUCCAAUGAGGACUUCAUCUCGGGUUUCUCAUUCACCUGGCAUGAGCAGAAAAGGUCAAGAGCGUGCUCGUGUCUUGCGUGACAAAUUGAUGUCCCCAGAAAAAAGAAAGAAAACUGCUCUAGAUAUGAAGAGAGAAGCUGAAGAAAAGCAUGCUCGAGCAAUGAGAAUAAGAAACCAACUUGAAAAUGAGAGGAUGCAGAGGCUACAACGGACAUCAGAGAAAGUUAACCGUGUCAAUGAAUGGCAGGCUGUUAGGAGUUUAAAAUUGCGUGAAGGAAUGUAUGCUCGCCAUCAGCGCAGUGAAUCCCGUCAUGAAGCAUAUCUGGCUCAAGUUGCAAAAAGAGCUGGUGAUGAAAGCAGUAAGGUCAAUGAAGUUCGUUUCAUCACUUCAUUGAAUGAAGAGAAUAAAAAGCUGAUGCUUCGUCAAAAGCUUCAUGAUUCGGAAAUGAGGAGAGCUGAAAAAUUGCAGGUGAUAAGAACAAAACAAAAGGAAGAUACAGCCAGAGAAGAAGCUGUAUUGGAGCGCAGGAAGCUACUAGAAGCUGAGAAGUUGCAGCGUCUUGCUGAAACACAACGGAAAAAGGAAGAGGCGCAAGUGAGAAGAGAGGAGGAACGCAAAGCAUCUAGUGCAGCUCGGGAAGCAAGGGUAAUUGAACAACUUAGGAGAAAGGAAGUUAGAGCCAAAGCUCAACAAGAGGAAGCCGAACUUUUAGCCCUGAGAUUAGCUGAAAGGCUUAGGGAAAGUGAGCAACGUCGGAAAUUUUACCUUGAGCAAAUCCGUGAGAAGGCUUCGAUGGACUUUAGAGACCAGUCAUCACCACUUCUGCGGCGUUCUGUAAACAAAGAUGGAUAUAAUCGUUCUGCCCCAACAAAUAGUGUCGAAGAUUUUCACACAUGUCUUGCCGCACCGGGACUCAUUACUACAACACAGCAGCAGUCAUUGAAGCGGAGGAUAAAAAAAAUUCGGCAAAGGCUCAUGGCUCUGAAACAUGAAUUUGUUGAACCAUCACUUGGUCCUGAAAAUACAGGGGUUGGAUACAGAGCUUUAGUUGGAGGUGCAAGGGCAAAAAUAGGAAGAUGGCUUCAGGACCUGCAAAGACAUCGGCAAGCUAGGAAGGAAGGAGCUGCAAGUAUAGGAUUGAUUGUUGGUGAUAUGGUAAAGUUUUUAGAGGGCAGGGAGCCUGAACUACAUGCAUCUCGUCAAGCUGGUUUAAUUGAUUUUAUAGCUUCUGCAUUGCCUGCCUCCCAUACUUCAAAACCCGAAGCUUGUCAGGUUACAGUUUAUCUUUUACGACUUCUGCGGGUGGUGCUGUCACUUUCAGCAAAUCGAAGUUAUUUUCUUGUGCAAAAUCUUUUGCCUCCUAUUAUUCCCAUGCUGUCUGCAUCCCUGGAAAACUACAUUAAGAUUGCAGCAUCAUCCAGUCCUGGAGCCACUAACAACAUGCCGAGUAAAGCUUCAAUUGAGAAUUUGGUGUCAAUUGCAGAGAUACUGGAUGGCUUCUUAUGGACUGUAACCACUAUUAUUGGGCAUGCACAUGUUGAUGAACGACAGCUUCAAAUGCAAGAUGGAUUGGUAGAACUCAUAGUUGCUUAUCAAGUAAUUCAUCGUUUACGCGACCUUUUUGCCCUUUAUGAUAGGCCUCAGGUGGAAGGUGCUCCAUUUCCGUCAUCCAUUCUGUUAAGUUUGAAUCUCUUGACAGUUUUGACAUGCAGACCUGCAUCUGCCUCUUCAAUUGAUUGGGAAUCUUGUGUGGCCAAACCAGCAAUUGCUUACGAAAUUUUGGAAGCUAGUCCCGGAAAAAAGUCACUUGAUUUAAGUAAUUCAUCUACGAUGAAUAAUCCUUCCGGUGAUAGUAUUACGGUCAUGAACCAGGUUACUGGAGAAUCUGAUCAUAAAGAUGGGGGGGACAAAUUAGCAUCCAGAACAGAUGAUCCUGAAAGUAUGGAGGUAGAUGUUCAGUCUAUGAAGAAGCCUUCUGAUAAUUCAGUUUAUUCAAACAAUGCAGAUGGUGGGCCAGAAGGUUCUACAGGAAUUGCCUUGAAUGAGCCUCAGAACAUUAUGUCAGAGGAAAAAGCCAAGUUACGUUUACCACAAAAAGAUGGAAAGAACCCCAUGGAUGAUAGCUCAGAAAAAAAAGGAGUUGCUGAAAACAUGGUACAUGAAGAUAUUGAAAGCAAAAAUGAGGUGAACUUGAAACAGCCUGUGGUAUUUCUUCUUUCUGCUGUAGUAGAGACGAGCCUCGUAAGCCUUCCAUCUCUGCUGACAGCUGUUCUGCUUCAGGCAAAUAACAGAAUGUCAUCUGACCAGGCAUCAUAUGUUUUCCCGAUGAAUUUUGAAGAGGUUGCUACUGGUGUAUUGAAGGUUUUGAACAACUUGGCAAUCUUGGAUAUCACUCUUUUGCAGAGUAUGCUGGCAAGGUCAGAUUUGAAAAUGGAAUUCUUCCACUUGAUGAGUUUUCUACUUUCCCAUUGUACAAGCAAAUGGAGAACAACUAAUGAUCGGGUUGGCUUACUUCUACUGGAAUCUCUCUUGCUUCUUGGCUAUUUUGCAUUAUUCCAUCCUGAAAAUCAAGCAGUUCUUCGAUGGGGAAAAAGUCCAACCAUUCUUCACAAGGUCUGCGACCUGCCCUUUGUUUUCUUCAGUGACCCUGAGCUCACUCCUAUCUUGGCUGGCACACUCAUUGCUGCAUGCUAUGGAUGUGAUCAGAACAGAGGAGUGGUACAACAAGAAUUAAGUAUAGACAUGCUGCUCUCUUUGCUCAAGUCCUGCAGACAGGGUUUACUUUCACUCCAUUCCGAUUCAUCACCACCGGAUAAUUCAGUGCCAAAUGAUCAAUCUGACGUCAAUAGCCAGUUGGUUUUAGAAGCUAAAAAGACACAGCAAGUUGAUCUCUCUAUACGAUCAAACCGAAGAAAUAAUCGUGUAUUGGGUAGAGGAGGUGUUUCAAGUGGCAGUACAAGAGGUGUCAAAGUGAAAACCCAGAGAGACAACAAUAGAGGAUCGAAGACUUGCGAUGAAUGGGCUCAGAAGCACAGCUUACCUGCCUCAGAAGCUUCAUCUACCUUCAUGCUUCACAGAAGGUUACCCAGCAGUUUCUUGGAUAAAGCUGAAGAAUUCUUCUCAGCUGCCAUCUCACCGUUAUAACCAGACUUAACCACGGGUCACACAAGAAAUAAACCAUGAGGAUUUCUAUCGUCCGAACCAUGGUCUCAAAUAGUAAUAAAGAAAUUACAGUCAGAGUGAAACACUAAUGCGUUUACACGAACAUUGAUCGGGAUAUGCUGCGCUAACAUAAUCGGAGGGAUGAAAAGAAAAGAUUAGGUGAUUACCACUUGAUCAUUAGAUACAAGUCAAAGUUGAUAUGAACUGUUGUAUAGGAGCCAUGGACUUCAGUCCUGUUUUUCACUCCUUGUAGGAUCUUGGCAUUAUGGCCCUGACCAAGUAAAUGAAUGUAUUUUGUUCUAUGAAGCGCAAAUACAAUGUUUUCUGUCU